AUGGGCACCGAAUCGGCACGCUCCACUAGCCCACACGAAACAUCAUUUCGAGCGGAUCCGAUAGAUGCUCCGAUUUGCGAGCCGAAUGCUCCAUUUCCUGAGCUCGGUUGGACUCAGCCCAGUCAAUCCUUUAGAUUUGACACCGCCGAGCUUGUUGCUAUCGAUGACCUACUUGAUGCUCCUGGUGAGGAAUCAAAUGCUUUGAAUAGCUUUCAGCAAGCCGGAACUCCCAGAAUAAAAGAGGAAGUCCAUGAAGAUAUCGAAGAGAUACCAAGAAAGCCGAGAGAUAGAACAAAGGAAAAAGCGAGUCUACAGGAGCCAAGAAUACCCACUAACUUUCUUUGGAAAGCGCUUCAAGAAACUCACAUAGAGUUAGAUGAUUCCGAUGACGAGGACUUUGACGACUUGUGGGCAAGUGUUAGGGCUUUGAACCAGCAAAAUAACCUUCAAUCCACCAUUCAAAUCGAUGAUCAAGAGAAGAGCGACUGUUUGGUGAUCGAAGAUGGGCAAGAGAAGCCGAUCAAGAGCGAGCCGCUUGAAUCUGAGGCUCAUGGCAUUUUUGGUCCUCCACCCAAAUGCAUUGUUGAUGACGAUGGAGUCGUUCAGAUACUGGAGUCUGACGACGAAGCCCCUGAAAACACCAGAUCGACACUCACUAAGUCCAUGCUUCGUGGAGCGAAUCCGCGAGGCCAACGGACUGCAGAAGAUGUCGCAAGAUUGAGACAGAUGCAGAAAUACUAUAUCGCGGCAGCACAAAGGAAUGCUAAAGGCAACGAAGAAGAGCCAAUCGAGAUAGCAGAUGAGAAUGCUUGGAUGCAGCAACAAACACGAAUGACUGAAGACAAAGAUGCAACUCAAGCGUUCAUGGUUUUGCGAAGGGCGUAUCGGACGAAAUGUACUAAAGGGAAAAACACUUUCGAAGAUGACUUCGAAUUUGGUCAAGCAGAAAAGGCGCAUAACGAACGACAGAGACUUUUGCAGAUAGAACUUGACAACGACGAGAGAAAUGAAGACGUAGAAAGCGUGGAUGGUCUAUUUUUUCCUAGUCCAUCCAACAAGCGAGGCAAGGAUGAUCAAGAUAUUGAGCCCCAGGAAGCGAUAAGGCGCAAACACAGGCCUAAGGAUACAGAUAGUCGCACCAAGGCAGACUUCAGCAAGGAACUGACUGAUAACAUGAUGGCCGGACUUCCAUUUAUACUCGGUAAUCGCAACGCUGAACUGCAAGAAGAUGGCUCAGUGCAGCCAUCCAAAACAAAACCCUCUUAUAAAGCAAAGAAGAAGAACAUUCAGCAGAGUGCGAAUUCUAAUGCUAAGGGUAAAGGGAAAAAGAAGUGCGGUAUUGCGAAAGGCUUUCUGCCCCCACAAAAAACGGGAACUUCAUAUCAGCAAAAACAUCUUACUGGAACCCAAACUCUACUCACAAGUGAUGUUUUUCACGAUACGAAUGCAUCGGCAAACAUGGAGGGUAUGCCCGUUCUGAGGGGUAGCAAAAAGUCAGACGCGAUGCGUGACUUACUCAAGGGUCUCGACUUAACAGAGGAAAAGCAGGCUAUCAGUGAUAAGGAGAACAUAUUGAGUAUGGGCCGAGUCCUUGGCGGUGUCAGAGUCGCAGAUCGUGCAAGUGGGUGGAACAUGAAGGGUAUGUCUCAAGUUCUGCGCCACCAUCAGAUCCAGGGUGCUGGGGCUAUGAAAAAGCGAGAAAUUCAAGAGGAAAGCCCAAGAGGUGGCAUUCUGGCGGACGUGAUGGGGUAA